CAUUUACAUACUUUGCAUGAGCUUGCUUCUACGAAUUCAUACAUUUACGAUCCCAGAUUGGCAUAUUAUUGCACGAUUACACUCUCAGUAUGCUGCUCACUUCCGGGCAGGUCUCCAUCCUCCUAUCUUCUGUUAUUGUAUUUUUAUUCACACUCGCUCUCUUCCUCUCAGGCUACGUCCUGCAGCAGAGAACAGUGCAUAGCCUGCAAGCAGCCAUAAAACCGCGACUACCCAAACCUCUGCCCGCUCCAGUACCAGUUGCGCCUCCCACACUAGACGUCAAAUGGGCAAGACCAAUAGGGGCGCGCCCGGAUGUCGACGAGACAUACGAACAGUAUAUGCGAGAGCAGGCGCUCAAUUGGAAUCGGCUAGGCUAUGUGCAGAUGGUGAAGGAACAUGUGGAGGUGUGCAGUGCAGUGAUGCUGCUCGGCGAUUUGCAUAAGAUGAAGAGUCCGGCGAAGCGGAUCCUCCUGUUUCCCCGCAUAUGGCUGAAGAAAACGGAGGAUGAUGAAUUCAACCCGCACUUGAUAACGACGAAGAGACUGCUGCGGACUGCGGUGAGGCGGUAUGGCGUCGUGUUGAUCCCAAUGGAGACCAUUGUUGAUGGUGCAGACGCCUCGUUGCCGUCUUCCUAUUCUCUGGCAAGCCUGUAUUCUCUCACCAACUAUGAGCGGGUCAUCUAUCUCCAAGGACCGGGCACACUGCUCGAUGCAUCAGCACUAGACUCGCUGCUGGCCUUUUCGAAGUCAGAACCAAUGGCUGCGUUUCCAGCAUCUGCGGACAGGAAAGCGCUAUCGACAUUGCUUCUUCUCAUUCAUCCGUCGGCGGAGGACUUUGGACGGUUAAAGGAAUUGCGUUCGUCACGACCCCUGACUGACCUGGAACUGUUCAGAAAAUCCUUCGCCGCACCAGAGUCGCUACUUUCGCAGUGGUCUCUCUCCAUGGGCAAUGUCGUGUAUGAGUCGCAGAAUCUGCGUAAUGCAAUCGACGGCUUUAAUGCGACUAUUUUCGAGGAUGCGACGACAUAUGUGCGGUUUUCGGACCCCGAAAUUCCUGGUCCAGAGUACGAUGUGCCAUACUAUGACAGAGUAGCGCUACGACCAAAGAACGACGAGGCAAGGGCAGCCUGGGAGAAGCUGUAUGAGCGCUUCCGACAGCGACGCAUGGAGAUCUGCGGCCUCGACCUUGAGGUGUGGACAAAGCCCAUGCUGCAGGCGGGAAGCGCCGACGAAGAAGAUGUGCAGGAGCUGUGAAGUAUUUUCAAUCAGUGCUAGAAGGAUUUUCAGGAUCGGUCUGGAUGGAUAGGCAGCAUGGAUAUUAAUGGCGUUCGGGGGGCAACAUUGCUUAUGAUCUGUUAGGUCUAGAUGAUAUUGGGGGUUACCAGGACGGGGCAUCGCGGGCAGCAUCAGGCAUGACGCAAAGAUCAGUGCAUCUCGCUCGUCUAACACUGUGCGAUGCUCCCAAACGCAGUCGGGAUGGCGCUGUUGGAGAUGACAAACGGGCUUGACCGCC